UUAGCCAGUUAUUGGUGGUCUCUGAUACACUGCUAUGUUGUCAUUUUUAUCAUUAUUAAUAUUAUUAUUAUAAUGUCAUUAUUAGUACUAUUGAAUGUUCCAGUUUAACCUUGUUACUAAUUACAGUUAAUGUAGGUCAAAUAAAAUAAAGUCUAUUUGUACAGUGCUUCACUUUAUAUGAAGUAGAAUGACACAACAGACUUAAAGCAGUGGUGUAACAGUAUGGAUGUACUGUAUGUUUGAAUACAGCUACAAGUCAGACAACAAGCAGCAGCACGGCUGGAUUCAGCACACCACCUCACUACCUCACGACUUCCAGUGAGACACAGCCUGAAUCAGGUGAGUUCUGUAACUGUAUGUUACUGCUGCAGUCAUGUUUCUAAUGUAAAUAUGGCCACAUCCAGAAACAUUUUUGUUGUUUCUAUCAAAUAUAGCAAUCAAUAAAAUCACAAUAUUCACAUCACUAACACAUGCAGCUCAUCCUGGCCUGUACAUCUGGAGUGGUGUUGUCCAUUUGUCCGCACAUGGAGGCUAUGAAAGUCUAUUUUUACAAUGUCAGUAAGUUGGCCAAGCCUUUAAACAUUUCUAAACCUCCAUAGCGACGGAAAACAAUGGCGAACCCUAAUCCUGCCUAGGGCACCAAAGUGGCUAGAGCCGGCUCUGCUUUUAACUGUCACUGAUUUGUGUUUGUGCGCUCCGACUUCAAAACACUGAGAGAAACAUUCACAGUGAAAAUGAAUUCUUUCUUUUCUGUUGCUGUAAUCAUGACUCGUUCAGCAGACUGGAAACAAUGCCUGAUUAACCUGUUUGGGCGGGAUGGUGGAAACCUGUCUGAUGCAUACCUGCGUCACGUCUCAUGUUUACAGUUAGAGUUGUCUCACACGCCAAACAUACGCUGAGAUUUCAAUCAGCACAGCUGUCAUACAGUGUUAUUGCUCAGACUUUACCUGAACUGCUGAUUCCUUUCUGCAGCCUCAGCAGUGAGAACUCAAACAGUCUGAGGGGGGGUGGGCUGAACCCUAAUCCUGCCUAGGGCACCAACGCCGCCCUGAGGUCUAAUAGGACUAGGACAGAACAUUCACUGUUAUCAGCUGACAUCAUGAGGUCAUUUGAGACUCUAAGGAGGGUGGUUUCAGUGGAGCGUUUUUUUACGGAAGCCCGAUUGAAAUUUGUCUGCGAGACAAAAGGCAGCUUGGAGAUGGGUCUGUAAUUUUUUGGAACAGAGGGGUCCAAAUUAGGCUUUUUAAGGAGAGCCUGCCUGAAGUAGGAAGGGACAGAGCCAGAGACAAGGGAUCUGUUGAUGAUGGUGACUAUACUAGGGCCUACAGAGCUAAUUACUUCCUUGAGCAUAGAGGUAGGGAGGAUGUGUAGGGAGCUCGAGGAGGUCUUCAUAGUGCUCACUGUAUCACACCGAUCAUUCAGGGAGAUGGGUGAGAAGCUGCACAAUGAUGACUGGAUGACUGGACUGAUGAGAAAGGGGGAGGAGGGAGUGAUGCUUGCCCUAACAUCAGCAACCUUAUUUACAAAAAACAAAAGAAAACAGUUGCAGUCUUCGUUUGAAAACACAGGAACGGAGGGAAGAGGGGAGCUGACAAUGGUGUUGAUGGUGUUAAAUAACACUUUGGGAUUGUGUUUGCUCCAUGUACUGAGGUUGUUAAAGUAAGCAGCUCUAGCACUCUUAACCAAGUCAUUAAGAUCACCUGUCAGCUCUUUGAGGUGAAUACGGUGGAAUGAUCAGUCAGUUUUUAAAAUCUGCCACAUAGACCGGACCCAUAAAUAAGUGAAGCUCGUGCCUCAGAACAUUAUGGAUCAAAUACAAAGGUUGAACCAUCGUACAGCGUUUUGUCCUCCGUGUAUAAAACAAAUCCUUCAUACUAAAUAACAUCUAUUUGUAAAGAAGACUUUCUACAGACUUUAAGCAUCAGAGACCAAACAUACAGAGGGGUCCUCUCACACAUAUGACUGCACCACAUCAAACUCUGCAGCAGCACAUCACUAACUCUCAGCAUCCCUCCUCCUCCGCUGCUGCUGUUGUUCCCCCUGCAGAUAUGAGACAGGACUAUGAACAGACAGUAUGAAUUAAAGGUCCGUCCCAGGAGACAGAGCAGGUCAACCCUGACUGAACUCUGCAGGUUGAUUACAAACCACAAGUUACACACAGAAAUAAACUAAAAGUGAAAUCUGUCCAGCAUUAGAGGAACAGCUGUGGGCUGAAAGCAUGUCCCAGUGUCUCUACUGAUGGACGGUCAAACGCAGCCGUCCUGUGCGCAGUUAUAAAAAGGCUGACAUUGUUUGGACUGUAACCGGACCCCUGCAGGCUGCAGGACGAGCUGCUCAGGACCAACACAACUAUUCUUAGAGCUAUUGUUGUGCUGACGACAUGUGGAAGGUCAAACCUCUGGUUGCCUCUCCUAUGGAGACGAGAUACCGGCCAAUUUUGGAGAAUUUGGUCCCCCCUGACCCCAUGUCCCAGUUCCACCUGAAGAGAGGUUCUCCAGAUGAGGAGUUUCCCGACCUCUGCAGGAACUCUACCUGGAUGGGAAAGAUCCUCACACGUGCCAUGUAUCGCCGACAGUUCCACCGCUGCACCCCCAGUGGAGUCAUCUUUGAUGAUGUCAUCCGCCCGGGCCUUGAGGAACCAGGUGACUGGUCCACUCCUGUAACUGUGGGCUGUGUCGCGGGCGACGCUCAGUCCUACGUCCUGUUCUGUGAUUUCUUCGACCGAGUCAUCGAGGCACAUCACGGACACAAGAUCACCAGCCAGACGCCAGAGGGCGACUUCAACUACGACAACGUGAAGGUAGCUGAGUCACUUGCACGUGGGAACGCCAGCAGCCGCCGCUCAGACGUCAACUCGUUCCUAGCCCAGAUCGACUCCCGAUGCUCCUCUUCCCGCAGCGCCUCCUCUGCUGCUCCGGUCGUCCUGGGAAAGAUGAAUAGACCAGAACCAGUAUCGGGCACACACGCAACAAGCCCAGAUUACACCCCUUGCCUGGCCCCGCAGCCGGCCUUCCAGUACCCGCCGCAACAAAGUUGA